UUGCCUAAUGGAAACUUCGAAUUAGGCCCAAAACCAUCACAAAUGAAAGGCACCAAAGUGAUCGAUCCCAAGGCGAUACCCAACUGGGAACUUUCAGGCUUCAUCGAAUACAUAAAAUCGGGGCAAAAGCAAGGCGACAUGUUACUAAUAGUCCCCCAAGGAACAUUUGCAGUGAGGCUAGGCAACGACGCAUUGAUAAAACAGAGAGCCAAAGUCACUAAAGGAACGUUCUAUUCAUUAACAUUUAGCGCAGCUCGAACUUGCGCGCAAGAGGAGAAACUUAAUGUGUCAGUGUCACCAAAAUUAGAGCCAAAAGAUUGGGGGAUUUUGCCAAUUCAAACCACGUAUAGUAGUGAUGGUUGGGACUCGUAUUCGUGGGGCUUCUUGGCAGACUCUGAUGAGAUUGAAAUUUUGAUUCAUAACCCGGCUGUGGAGAAAGAGGAUGCGGCUUGUGGUCCGCUUAUUGAUUCGGUUGCUUUGAAGGUUUUGAAUCCUCCUAAAAGAACUAGAGACAACAUGUUAAAAAAUGGAGAUUUCGAAGAAGGUCCAUACGUAUUCCCCAACACAUCCUGGGGAGUCCUAAUCCCCCCCAACAUCGAAGACGACCACUCCCCAUUGCUCGGUUGGAUAAUCGAGUCCCUCAAAGCCGUCAAAUACAUCGACUCCGACCACUUCGCCGUCCCCCAAGGCAAACGCGCCGUCGAACUCAUCGCCGGCAAAGAAAGCGCGAUUGCCCAGAUCGUCAAAACCAUCCCAGGCAAAGUCUACGACCUCACUUUCUCAGUCGGCGAUGCUAGCAACUCAUGCGAGGGGUCGAUGGUGGUGGAGGCUUUCGCCGGAAAAGUGACGGUUCAGGUGCCGUACGAGUCGAAGGGGAGAGGUGGGUUUAAGAGGGCUAGGGUUAGGUUCACGGCGGUGUCGAAUCGAACCAGGGUUAGGUUUCUGAGCGUUUUUUAUAAUAUGAAGAGUGAUAACUCUGGUUCGCUUUGUGGGCCUGUGAUAGAUGAUGUGAAGUUGCUUGGUGUUCGUUACCCACUACGUGUUUGAUAAAAGUCCUACCUCGUAACUCAGGCAUGUGAGUUUUAGAUGUGUGUUUGUGUGUGUGGUUUUGUAGUAAUUUUUUUUUUUAGUGGAAGGAAGAGGGUUUAUGAUUUGGGUUACAAAGUUCAUUUAUGUUUGUAUAAGUCGUCCUGGCCUACUUUGGUAGGUUAAGUGAGAGAUAAAAAUUGGAGAUUUUUAUUUAUUUUUUGUGUGAAUUUAUUAAUUUCGUAAGUGUUAUUCGGAA